AUGGGAGCUGCAAUUGCUGGUCUUGCCGUGGAGGAGAUCAUUCUGUUGGUCGUAAGUGGAGCUGCACUUACAACACUUGGAGUGUGCGGAGCAGUGGCACUUGCCAAUUCCACUCAGAACUGUUCCUGCGGUGCAGCCCCCACCAUCCCCCAGGCAAAUUCGAAGAAUUUCAAGAUUCAAGCUGCCAGCGACAUCUCAUCGUUGUCAUUGGUGUCUGCCAAGCUAAUAGGGGAGACCGUGCAAAACUCCAAAGUUCCGUUCUCUUUCUCCUUCCUCAUAGGCAAAGGAGAUUCGAAUGGCAAGCCCGCUUACCAUGCAGGAGUCCUGAUGGAGGGCAGCUUUGAUGUUUCCGGCUCGGCUUUCAAUUUCAUGUUUGUUGACCGUUGGCAGGAUGGCGUUGUGGUGACCUUUUACAAAACCAAGCAGCAAGCCCUUGACCGCUUGCGAAAAAUCCGCGUGGGUGAGAUUCCACUUACGGAUUGCAGCGAAACACCAGAGUAUGCUUCAAUCUCACCAGCAACGGCCAUGACAACAUUUAUUCAUGAUGAGUUGAAGCGGGUGCUUGACAUGCGAAGCUUCAGCAAGCCGGAGGAUUUGCAAAAGAUGAAGCUGACAAACUGCAUUGUUUUUGCAAUGCGCGCAGGCAUCUUGCUUGCAGCAGAGGAAAAGGAUCACUUCUUGCAGCAAGCGUUAUCCGCGAUCAGUGAUGACUGA